AUGGUGGUAGAGCUGGCGGCCAAGCUAGCCUUUUUCUGGGCUAAAAACAAGCAAAUGGGAUCCGAGAUCACCGAACCAACCUCCCCAAAAGUCACGUGUGCAGGACAGAUCAAAGUCAGGUCUAAAACAAGCUCAUGUAAAAGCUGGCAAUCAGUCAGGGAAGAGAUUGAAAGAAUUCACAACAGCAGGCAACAUAAAAAAAGGCCAAGUUGGGUGGAGUCAUUUGGUUUUAAGAAAGAAGUCAUGCAGUUCUUAACAUGUUUGCGAAGCAUUCGUUUCGAUUUUCGAUGUUGCGGGUCUUUUCCUCAAUCCGAUAUCAAUGCUGAUGAUGAAGAUGUAGAUGAAGAAGAUGAAGAAUACCAAGAAAACCACAAUCAUUUAGAAGGCAAUGAGACAUCAACAACCUUAUUUUCCAAAUGGUUCAAGGUGCUGCAAGAGAAUCAAAACAACGGGUUUUAUAAAGAACAAAAGAAAGCAAAAGAGAGGUCCCAUGAUCGUGUUGAUGAUCAUCAAGCUGCAAUUCCACCUCCAAAUGCCCUCUUGCUUAUGCGUUGCAUGUCUGCUCCUGCUAGGAGCAAGUUAGAAGAGAACAGGGUAGAGGAGAGCCAAGAUAAUGAGGAAAACAUAGAAAAUGAUAAAGAGAAAGAAGAAGAACGUAAGAGGAAAGAUGAGAAGAAAACAAGUAAUUUGAGGUCAUUAAUGGAAGAAGAAAACAAAAAGAUGAAAGAGAGCUUGGCGGUGAUAAGAUACGACCCUGAUUUCUACAAAAUUUCAUCCGACAUAUCCAAAGAGACAUGGCUUGUUGGUGGAAUGAAAGAUCCAUUAUUCCGAAGUCGAAGUUGGAAGAGAUGA